AUGGAGCGCGCUCCACUGCGCGCCCUCAUCGUCAGGGCAGGGGGGCCUGGAGCCUCCACGACGGGCCUGGGGCCUGGGGCCUGGAGCUGGAGCUGCCCGGAGAUCUGCCUGGGGCUCCGUGUCCGGGGCUGGGGCACCAUGGCAGCCCGCUGUAAAAUUGAGGUGAAAGUCACCGGGCAGGACUCAGGACUGCCCUGGCAGCGGCGGCUGUCCCGCGCCAGGCCCUGGUGGUGGGUCGCCAGCGCCGACGGCACCAUCGGCAGCCCAGGCGGCCACGGAAAUGAAGAUGAGAUCCCCAGGAGCGCGACUGCGGCAGCCAGACCGGGCCGGGCUGCAUGUCGCCGGUGUCAGGCGACACAAAAUGGACAAGUAGGACUUCUAAAUGCGGUGCGGGAGCGCAAACGUCGGGCGGUGGCACCUCGUUAG